AUGAGUCCAAAGCAAGGUCUUGAGGAGUCCGGCCGGAUGAAGGUCCCAGCCCGUGGGAGACUCCUCGACAUUCCAGGUUCCCAACCCGGUGGAGCCGCCGGGGUCAGGCAGCGGGAGGCGAACCUCCGAGGUCUUCAUCCUGCAGCUGAGAAGCCGGUGGUGUCCAGCACGCCGCUGGUGGACUUCCUGAUGCAGCUGGAGGACUACACGCCUACGAUCCCAGACGCAGUGACUGGUUACUACCUGAACCGCGCUGGCUUUGAGGCCUCAGACCCUCGCAUAAUUCGGCUCAUCUCCCUAGCCGCCCAGAAAUUCAUCUCAGAUAUUGCCAACGAUGCACUACAGCACUGCAAAAUGAAGGGCACAGCCUCUGGCAGCUCCCGAAGCAAGAGCAAGGACCGCAAGUACACUCUAACCAUGGAGGACUUGACCCCUGCCCUCAGCGAGUAUGGCAUCAAUGUGAAGAAGCCGCACUAUUUCACCUGAGCCACCCAACCUAUAUGUACUUGUCUGUCCCCUUAUCCCCACACCAGCCUGUUUUCAUAAUAAACUUUAUUGUGACAGGUA